AUGGAGGAAGCUUACUCUAAACCAGGAUGGGGAUAUCAUAUCGCCAUAAGUGAUAAUGGAAAAGAAGUUGUCAAAUUUGGCAUUCAAGAAAGUCGCGUACGCGGCCUUGUACCGAAUAGGAGCGCACAUUCGCAAGAUCGCAGCUCUACGUACGUGCUUGUGAUGGAUCGUAAUGAUCCCGAUAAAUGGAUAAGGAUAGAAACGCCAUUAGAUGAAGUUGCUGGGGUAGUUGAUUUUGCAUCGGACCCUAACUCGCGAAUGAAGGAGGAAUAUUUCAAUACAAUAUCGAUCCGGAGCAUACAGAACCAUACAAAACCUUGGAUGAAACUAGCGUAUGGCAGCGUGAUAUUCCGAGGGCAUACAAACACGAUAUGA